CAGUGCACACCGAGCGGCGAGUCGGAUUCCCAUUACUGCGGGCGGGUCUCCAGCGAUAACAGCGAGAAAUUCAUACACAUUCAUCCAAAAACUCGGACGCGACAGGCAGUUAGACACCUGAGAGCAAACAAGAGGUAUGGCGGCUAUCAGGAAAAAGCUGGUGAUCGUGGGAGACGGAGCAUGUGGGAAGACCUGUCUACUCAUAGUGUUCAGCAAAGACCAGUUUCCAGAAGUCUACGUGCCUACUGUGUUCGAGAACUACAUUGCUGACAUUGAAGUCGACAGCAAACAGGUGGAGCUGGCAUUGUGGGACACGGCAGGACAGGAGGACUAUGACCGUCUCAGACCUCUGUCUUACCCAGACACAGAUGUCAUCCUUAUGUGCUUCUCCAUAGACAGUCCCGACAGUUUAGAGAAUAUCCCAGAAAAGUGGACGCCGGAGGUGAAGCACUUCUGCCCCAACGUUCCCAUAAUCCUGGUGGGCAAUAAGAAAGAUCUGCGUAAUGAUGAGCACACACGGAGGGAGCUGACUAAGAUGAAGCAGGAGCCGGUUAAACCAGAAGAGGGCAGGGACAUGGCUAACCGCAUUAGCGCUUUCGGCUACCUGGAAUGCUCAGCUAAGACUAAGGAUGGCGUGAGGGAAGUUUUCGAAAUGGCCACCAGAGCGGCGCUGCAGGUCCGCAAGAGGAAGAAGAGGAGUGGAUGCUCACUGUUGUGAGAGAAGCUUCCGGUAUUUUCCAGAAUGAUCUCUCCGAUGACCAGGAAAUACCAAACUCCACAUACACACACACAAAAAAUAUGUUUUGACCAAACAACAUAAAUACACUGGACUGUAUGUCACAUUUCAUGCAAACCCACAGGUGGAAACGGAGGAAAGUAAAUAAAAUAUGCAUUAAACAGGAUGGCAGGAUAUGCACGCAUAUAUAGGUAUACGUUUUCCUGUUUUUAGUAUAACUUGUUUUCCAGUUUGUACUGUAUGGAUGGCAUCAGUCAUAAUGGUAUGUAUUUUUGCACAUUUAUCAACUGACCAUUAUAACUGAAUCUGGUAAGAGGACAUUUUUACAUAUUAUUGUAAUCAGAACUAAUAUAACAAAGUGGAAAUCUCUUAAUAGCACAGAAUAAUUUGGUAAUAAAGUGCCUUCAUGAUUAUUCCCUCCACAAUUUGAAUGUAAAAAAGUGCAAGUUUUGAGCUUCUCCGUGACUUUAAAACACUUUUCUAGUAGUGAAUAACUCGAUGAGCCAAUUAAAUGUGUUUAAAGGUGCAAAUUAUCCUGUAAUAAAGAGUAUUUAUAGGUUUUCAUUACCCUAAAUAAAUACUAAUUACAUGUCAUUACAUUUUGAAAGCUUAGUCAGGACUAAAAAGCCAUCUGCUAACCGGUGGUGUGACAUUUUUCUUUUAUAUUUUCUGUUUGUCGUCCACACAGGCGUGAACAUGCAUGUGUGCAUGUGGAUUGAGCUCUGUAGAUACUAAACUGGUUGAACCUGCCUGAAUAUCGUCACUGAGCUCAUGCUGUCACAUAAUCUGACUUAUUGUUCUCACAUUAGCAGCCUUAAAGGGACAGUUCACCAAAAAUGAGAAUGUGCUGUUUAUUUACUUCAGGCCAUCCAAGAUGAAGGUGCUUUUUCAGUUGAACAUCAAAGAAGGUUUUUAGCUGAAAAUCGCUGCCAAAGCAAAAAAUAUUACCUCUGGAUAUUGAUGAUACCAUUGAGGUUGAUUUAUAAUACUAUCACUUUUAAUCUUAAAAAGUCCUCCAUGUUCUUCUGAAUAAAAUGUCAUCUACCUCUCAAAUGGCCAGAAGGCAGUGGUAACAGUUCAAUAAAUCCUAGAACAGGGAUUCUCAAACUCGGUCCUUUGCUCGGUCCUGCAAAGUUUAGUUCCAACCCCAAUCAGACACGUAGGCUAGCUAAUCAAGCUCAUAAUACCCACAUCACACUGCACUUUUUGCCCCAUAGACUUAUGCAUGCAAAUGUGGCAGAUCGGAAAGGCAAGCUCGUGCGGCAAGUUUCGCAGUUCGCUGCGUUGGAGAGUUCACGCUUGGUGUACUCUGAUCUGCGAAAUUGCAUCACGUGAUUGCGUGAGAUCAAUCAAAGAUCAAAACAUGACCUCUCUGUACAGAAAUUUUAAAACAUAGCUUGCUUUUUUAAAUGUCUAAUCAUCUUGUUUAAUCUCAGCCCUUUUCGCAGCGCCGUACAACAGAAUUUCACACACACUCACACACACACAAACUCUAGUGUGACCUUCACUUGGCUUUCUAGAAACAUCCUUGAAGGUGUGUUGAUGCAAGUUAGAGCUGGAAUAUGCAGGAUACCAGCCCUCAAGGACCGAGUUUGAGAUCCCCUGUCCUAGAACACGGCAUAUAACAACAAAAUUACUGAAAAAUGAACCCACGUUAUGCCUAAACAGUGCAUGAUGAUGCACUUAAAAAAGCUAAAUUAAUAGUGAACAGUGUUAUAUUAAAAACAAGUCUUUCCUCAUUUGACCAACCUUUUAUUUUGGUUUUAAGUGCAAAGAAAUACAUUUUAAAGACGCUAUAUUAAAAUUUUUUAUUAUUAUUGGGAUAGGCUGUGGCGCGGUGGGUAGCAUGUUUGCCUCACAGCAAGAAGGUCGCUGGUUCGAGCCUCAGCUGGGUCAGUUGGCAUUUCUGUGUGGAGUUUGUAAGUUCUCCCCGUGUUCACGUGGGUUUCCUUUGGGUGCUCCGGUUUCCCCCACAAAUCCAAAGAUAUGUGGUACAGGUGAAUUGGGUAUGCUAAAAUUGACCGUAGUGUAUGAGUGUGUGUGCUUCCCAGUGAUGGGUUGUGGCUGGAAGGGCAUACGCAGCGUAAAACAUGUGCUUGAUAAGUUGGCGGUUCAUUCCGCUGUGGCGACCCCAGAUUAAUAAAGGGACUAAGUCGAAAAGAGAAUGAAUGAGUUAUUAUUAUUAUAAUUUUUUUCUGCUGUCAUUCCCCAGAUUCAGAUUUUACAUUUAAACAUGAGUAUAUAUAUAUAUAUAUAUUAUAGAUCCGCAGUUUAUAAAAACCAUUUAGCAGUUUCACCAACCAUGCCACGUUCAAAGUCAGUUAAAUCACCUUUCUUCCCCAUUCUGAUGCUCAGUUUGAACUGAAGCAGAUCGUCUUCACCAUGUCUACUUGCCUAAAUGCAUUGAGUUUCUGCCAUGUGAUUGGCUGAUUAGAUAUUUGUGCUAACUAGCAGUUGGCCAGCGAGUGUAUAUAUUUAUAUAUAAAUACAUUUAUGCAUAGAUACACAUUUAUUUAUAUUAUUUAUUUACAUUAUAAUAUUAUAAAUGGCCAAUCAAAAAGACACAAAAUGCAAUAAACUGCAACUGCACACUGUACACAGAGAACAUUAUUAACAUUUACUUUUGCAAUAAUGCAUACAUGCAAAAUUUAUGAUAUCGUAUAAUCUGCAUAUAUAUCAUUUCCAUUUUCCUUUAAUAAUAAUAAUAAUAAAUUUAUGGCCAAAACGCCAUCAUUUCAUAAAAACUUUGAGCGUCGUGACAGAAUACACUACCAAAAAUUGUUACUAGGAGCUUCAGGCAAUGUUUGGGUCUGAUUUCCUCAAAAUAUGUCAACUCAAUUAAAGUAAAUGAGAGUUUAUUUGACAUGUUUAGCCUCAUCAUGAUGUUUCGGGGUGAGUAAAUAAUGGCAUAUUUUCUUUCUUUCUUUCUUUUGGCUGAAAUGUCCCUUUUAAAGACACAAACUUGAGUAUAGCUAAUGCAAACAUGACUUUUUUAAAAUAUAAAGGUUUCCAUCACUACGAAACAUCGAAUUAAUAAACAAUCUGAUGAUUACUAGUGAAUGUAUACUAGUUAGAGGAGGCCUUGAGUGCCUUUCCAUUUCCCACAGAAUUGUGUGCCUUUAGUUAACAGUUUUUAAUGUGUAUGAGAUAAGGGUUUAUGUACAUGCAUGCGUUCUGGCACCAUCAGUGUUUUAAUGUUGCAUCGCAUGUAAUGUUGCGUGUAUUUGGCCAUAAUCUUUUUGACAAAAACCAUAGCUAUUUAUGCAGACACUUGUGCUUUUGUAGAUUUUUUCAGCUGGUUUAGAAGUCAUAUAGUGAUGUCACCUCCCCUGCUUGGUGUCAUGAGGAGGUAAAACAUUCAUAAAUCUGGCUCUGUGUUUA